CCACAACACCACACCUCUCUCACAAUGGCCCUUCGACUAGCAACCCGGCGCCUAGCGCCUCUCACCCUUCGGCGAGGCAUGGCCACGACCAUCGAAAGCGGCAAAGACUCCAUCCCCGCCGCGUCGCCCAUCACCACCCCCAACCGCUCUCCCGUCUCCGAGUCCAAGACCUCCACCAUCGAAGAUCCCCAGGCUGGCACCGACGCAAAAAUCAAGAAGUUCCAGGUCUACCGGUGGAAUCCUGACGAGCCGACGUCGAAGCCCAAGAUGCAGACCUACACCCUCGACUUGAACAAGACCGGGCCGAUGAUGUUGGAUGCACUGAUCCGGAUCAAGAACGAGGUCGACCCGACUCUUACCUUUCGACGAAGCUGUAGAGAGGGCAUCUGCGGAAGCUGUGCGAUGAACAUUGAUGGCAUCAACACCUUGGCUUGUCUAUGCCGCAUUCCCACCGACACGAGCAAAGAGUCCCGCAUCUACCCCCUCCCGCACACCUACGUCGUCAAGGAUCUCGUGCCAGACCUGACUCACUUCUACAAACAAUACAAAUCCAUCAAGCCAUACCUCCAGCGCGACACGCCGCCACCAGAUGGACGUGAGAACCGCCAAUCCAAGGCAGACCGAGCCAAGCUUGACGGCCUUUACGAGUGCAUUCUCUGCGCCUGCUGCAGCACCUCCUGCCCCUCGUACUGGUGGAACAGCGAGGAGUACCUUGGCCCGGCCGUGCUCCUCCAAUCGUACCGCUGGAUCGCCGACUCGCGAGACGAGAAGACGGAGCAGCGCAAGGAUGCGUUGAACAACAGCAUGGCCCUGUACCGCUGCCACACCAUCCUCAACUGCUCUCGCACGUGUCCAAAGGGCCUGAACCCGGCUCUCGCCAUUGCGGAGAUCAAGAAGAGUAUGGCAUUCACUUAGAGAGAGCUCUGUGGCGCAGGGACGAAGGUCUUGAAGCGGUCAAUUCAACGCGAGCGAUGUUUGGGGUGGCGUUAUGUACAUAUCAUUCCGAGUAAAUCGUCCUACCCAUGACCAGUCCUUCUCAUGCUCACACAAGCC